AUGUACAAUUACCCUGGUGCUCCUCCAGGAUAUGCUCGUCCUCCUGCUUAUGGAGGCGCUCCACCGGGCAUGACCGCGCCGCCUGGUAUGACACCUCCAGGCGCAGGCGCAGUUCCUCCCGGUGUAGCUCCCCCGGGCGUCGCGCUCGGCCAAGGUCCACCCGCACUGGGAGGCCCACGCGCUCUACCCCCGAACUGGGCCCAGCCUGCCAACAUGCCCAACUUCAACUUCAAUGCGCCCGUCAUCCGCCUGGGAACCCAAGGUGGCCGCAGUGGAGCGCAGGACAGCCCGGCGGGAGGACGCAAGGACAAUUCCACAGCGCCUGCUCGUCGUGGCCUUGGUAUGGACAGGGACGGCGACCGCAGAGACGGACCUCAACAGGUCAUCCCGCCCACGCGCGAGGAAAUUGCGCGGACCAUCUUCGUUGGCAACAUACCAGACGGCGUGGGUGGUGACGAGGGCAUGGAGCGCAUAUUGGAGACGGCAGGAAAGCUGGUUCGCUGGACGAGGGCGACGGAUGCCAACAACAAGCCCCAAACUUUUGGUUUUGCCGAAUUUGGUGAUGCGCAGAGUCUGGAGACGGCCGCUGAAAUCUUCCAAGACGUGCGCGUGCCUACGAAGCGUCAAAAGCCAAGACAUGAGAAGAAGGAGGACGAGGAGGAGAUGGAGGUCGAGACUACGAAGUUGCAGGUCAUGGUAGACGAUGCGUCCAUCAAGUAUGCGGAAGAAUGGAGCAAGACGCGAAACGAAGACGAGGUCACGGUUCAGUUCCGCUUGGACACGGCAAAAGAGGCUUUGUCCCAGGUUUUGACUAGCUUCUUCAAUCCAACAAGCCCACCUGCGGUGGACUAUGGGGGUGACGCAACGAUGCAGGAUGCACCAGCACAAAAUGGUGAAGAUGUCGAGGUGGCAUUUAGAUUGCAGCAUUUCGAGACCGUUCGAAUCAACGUGAUCGUGAACGACUGA